AUGUGUCUGAUGAUGCUCUCCGUGAGCACUAAAAGCCAGAGUGUUGAGAUAUAUAGAGGCAGAGUCUUUUGGGAUAUAAGAUCAAGUCAGAGUGGUAGUUGGAUUUGGAGGAAAUUGCUUAAGUUGCGGAAUCUUGCUCGGUCUUUCCUAUGCUGUUCUGUUGUCUCUGGUUCUCGUGCUCUCUUCUGGCAUGAUGAUUGGACCGACCUCGGUCCAUUAAUCCUUCUCACGGGUGCUAACGGUCCGAGAGUAACGGGUAUUCUGUACUCUGCUACUGUUGCUGAUGCCGUUUGUGAUGGUGUUUGGAUGCUUCCGCGUGGCCGCCAUCCCAUAUCGGUUUUACUUCGGGACAUUCUCCCCACUUCUCCGGAGAUCGUGCAUAACUUGGAUGAUAUCUACACCUCUCCUACUUCAGUUCCAAAUAUUUUCUCUGCCUCUAAAACCUGGACGGCUCUAAACCCAGUAGGACAUGUUGUUUCUUGGGUUUCAUCGGUAUGGUUUUCACAAGCUAUCCCGAAGCAUGCUUUUAUUCUCUGGGUGUUUUGCAGGGAUCGGUUACCCACUCGAGACCGGCUGAGAUCAUGGGGUUUGCCGGUGUCGGAUACUUGCUUGCUGUGGGAUGAUGCUUCGGAAUCUCGGUCACAUCUUUUCUUUGGUUGUAAUUAUGCUUCUCAGAUUUGGAGCUCGCUUCUUACUCACAGGUGUUUAUCUCCUCCUCUCGCUCUAGAUGAUAUUGUCUCUUGGGUCAGAUCGGCUUCAUCUAACCACAGGAUAAAUGUCAUAUGCAAAUUGGUUCUUCAUGCAUCUAUCUAUGAGAUUUGGAAAGAGCGGAAUGCCAGGCUACACAGUGUCGUAUCCAAGCCCGCGGCUCAGGUUGUCAAGGAUAUUCACGCUAUCUUGCGUAGAAACCUUGCCGGUUUAGAUCGCCAAGCUGCCAGCCUACGCCCCAGUUCAGCCUCGAGUAAGGACUCGUUCCUCUCUACUUAG